AUGGAUCUUCCGGAGGAAGUAGUGGUAAAUAUAAUCGCAAGGUUACCUAUGCAAAGUAUCGUUAGGUUCAGGUUGGUGUGUAGAGAAUGGAAAUCGCUUACGGAAUCUGCAUUCUUCCGAGAUCUCUACCAUAGCACCUCCAAUUCAACCUCUUGUAAUUGGUCCAUCCUUUACGGAGAUUAUAGGUCGUUACGUCCUAGUUUGAAGCAAGUGAAACUCGAUUUACCAUCAUCGCAUGGUAAUAAUAACCCUUCUUUUCCAUUUUGUUUUACUCCAACCAAUAAUGAGAUCAAAAAGAUUACGGUUGUGGCUUCCACUGAUGGAUUGGUUUUGCUGCGUCUCUAUGAGGAGGACAAGAAGAUGAUACGUUACUACAUUGGGAAUCCCGUGCUACCGCAAUGGAUUCAACUCCCUCCUCCUCCUCCUCCUAAAGUGGAUUAUAUGCCAUUCACUGAUUCAGGACUUGUGACAAGAAUGCACAACAAUGUUGCCCUCUUAGGUUACAAGGUGGUUCGGAUAUUUUCCCAAGCACUCUUGUUCACUUCUCGAACAUGGAGGUUUGAGACAUAUUCAUCAGAUACGGGUCAAUGGAGUAUUACACAAGUCUGUCGUCCUGGAGCUGCACUUUCUCGCAUUGACACAUCCAAUCCCGUUACUUUGAAUGGGAAACUUCACUGGCUUGACCACUUGGGCUGUAUUUUUGUCCAUGAUUUCUUCUCUCACGAUGACCAAGUUCGAGCCAUAAGCCUACCCGAGAAGUUGCAAUGCGGUCCAGAUACAUGCCGUAAGAUAAUCUUCACCACCUCACAAGGAUACUGUGUGCUCGUUGAUGCCCAGCUGAUAGAAGAGGUCAACAGCUAUAACGUUAGGAUUUGGAGGCUCAACAGUGAUUGUUGGAGCUGGGGAAAAGCAUGGGAAAUCAACAUGGCUAGCGUAGGGCUUGGUAGUAGCUGUGUUCCAAUGGCAAUCAACUAUUUCGAUAUCGACGUCAUCUACCUAUGGGACUCAGAAGAAAAAUGUUUCCUCGCUUUUAAUCGCCGGACACUCGCAAAAUCUUAUGGAGCUCGUAAAGCUGAUACUUUCUCCUCCUCCAAGCCAUUUUCCUGCCUUUCGCAAUUUGUUCCCUCCUUGCAUGUUGUACCUACGUAG